GGCGCGCAAAGCUCAGUGCGUGCGUCUUCUAUGGAGAGCUGUGCGUAAAGGUGCUGCUGGGCUACCUGUUGUUCGUGGGACUUCCGCGGAGCUGCAGCGGGAGGGAAGGACAGAAGGACGGCCUCUGCUCUUGAGGGACUUGGAAGCUUUAAAAUGACCCUCAAACUAUUGACUGUAGUCGCGCUCUAUCACGGGACGCUCCUGUGCUGCGGAUUUAAUAUAGACGAACGCUUCCCUGUCAUCAAAGAGGGCUUCACUAAAGGCAGCUUUUUUGGAUUCUCAGUGGCUCUGCAUCAACAAACGGAGGGCACUCGAAAGUACCUACUUCUGGCUGGAGCUCCUAAAGAAAAGGCCUCAUCCCUCCCCAAUGUGAACGAGACCGGAGCAGUGUACUCCUGCCCCAUUACCACAGACAGCAAUGACUGCACCCGCAUGGACCUGCUCACCUCAACUAACCCUUCAGAAAUGGUGGAGGGAAUGUGGCUAGGAGUAACUGUGGCAACCCAACGGGAUCAACAGCCGGGCCGUGUGCUGGCAUGUGGCCAUCGAUAUGUGAAGAUUGUUCCCGGUGGCACGGAAGAGCAGCGGCGCAUGAUUGGCAAAUGCUUCGUCAGAGGAAACGACCUGACCUUUGACCCCUCGGACGACUGGCAGACUCACAAGUACGAGAUGUGCGACCCCAACCGGGACAUGGAGAGCGAGGGGAUGUGCAGUAUGGGCAUCUCGGGGGGCAUGACCGACACGGACGUAUACCUCGGAGCAACUGGAAGCUACUUGUGGCAAGGAAACGUUCAUAUAACAUGGAGAAAUCCCAGCCCCUCUAUGUCCUGGGACUCGGUGGACAAAAACUUUGGACAGUUGGUACGAUACAGAUACAGCUAUAUGGGUUAUUCUGUGAUAGAGGAGAAAAAGCUGCUGUCUCUUGAUGACUACACGGUGUUGUCGGGGGCUCCCAGAGACGAGUCCAAGGGCUCGGUGCUGUUUGGGAAGAAGUCGGACACUUCAAUGGAGAUAGUUCUGGUCAUCCCCGGGGAACAAGUUGGCUCCUACUUUGGGAACAGUCUUGCAGUCACUGACCUCAACAAUGACGACUGGAACGACCUGAUAGUGGGUGCCCCCUUUUACUUUGACCGGAUGAAGGAGCGAGGCGGAGCAGUUUACAUUUAUAUGAACGAGAACGGCUCUUUCCAGAAGACUCCCAAGCUCGUCCUGACCGGUCCUGCCGCCUCCGGGUUUGGUUUCGCACUGGCCGCUCUCGGGGACAUAAAUCAAGAUGGCUUCCAAGAUUUUGCUGUGGGUGCGCCCUUCUAUGAGACAGGCCAGGUGUACGUCUGGACUGGGAGUAAACAGGGAAUCUCGGAGAAACCCAGUCAGGUGAUUGAAGGUAAAUCCAUUGGCGCUGGAUUUACGACGUUCGGUUACUCCAUCAACGGCGGCAUGGACAUGGAUGAGAACAGUUAUCCGGAUAUAUUAGUGGGUUCGCUUGAUGACCACAUUGCUUUAUUAAGAUCCAGACCCGUUAUCCAUUUAACAAAAGACAUAACAGUGGAACCGAAGAUUGUUGACCCUAAUCAGUGUGUAAACCAACCAUGCAUAACUGCCACUGUCUGUAUGUCUUUUACCCUGAGCAAUGGAAACAAAAACUUCAAGAGAACCAUCAAUGUAAAGUACACCAUUGAAGCGGACAUGGACACGAGGAAGAGUGCCCGUGUGGUGUUCCAGGACAAUAACGCAGACUUCUACACUGACGUCCUAGCUUUAACCGCUUCCAAAACAGAGUGUCAAACUUUGAAGCUCUCUGUGGUGGUUCCACUACGAGACAAACUAGAGCCGGUGGUUUUCUCCCUCAAUGUUUCUAUAAAUGAGCAAAAGCCAAAAUCAAGGCGCUCCUUACAGAACUUGGACGCAUACCCAAUUUUCAGCCAGGAACAGAAACUCACACAGAGGACAGAGAUUAACUUUCUGAAAGAGUGUGGCACUGACAACAUAUGCUCCAGUAACCUGCAGCUGACAGCUCAGUAUGUGGAUGACAAGGAAACCCCUUACCCCAGACAGGGAAACUUCCAGGUGUUCCAGUACAGCAGUGACAUCAGGUACAUCUGGCUGUUGGUGGAGGUGACCAACGUGCCCUCUGGUAGUAAACUGGCAGAAGACGCUCACCAGGCCGAGCUAAACGUGACCAUCCCAGAGGCUCUGAGGUACUCUGGGGUCCGAUCUGAGGGUCACAGUGUAGAAUGCAGUCUUGAAGAAACACUCAUGUGCGAACUUGGCAAUCCACUCAAAGGCAAUAGCAAGGUAUCACUGACGCUCAUAUUUGAGACAUCUGGGAUUGACCUGUACACACACAAAAUUAUUUCCCAGCUGCUCUUGUCUACUGUUAGUAACCAGAACGACCUGUUACCUGUUCCCUUUGGUCUUCUGAUUGAAAACACCAUCCGCCCUUCAUUCUCAAUAGUCAACCCUCUGGUGCAGACUCAGUUCAGUGGCACGGUGAAGGGCGAGUCUGCCAUGGUCAACAGCAGUGACGUGGGCAGCCUGGUGGAGUUCACCUUCAAUGUGAAUGUUGGAGGUCAGUCUUUGGGAGACCUGGCUACGCUGGCGGUGGAGUUUGAGUGGCCAGCUGAGGUCACCAGCGGCAAGUGGCUCCUGUACCUGACCAAGAUCACCGUGGCAACCGACUCAGAGACAGAGUGCACCCCGCCCGGAGACAUCGUCAACCCGCUCAACCUAACUUUGUCAGAAACCUCAAAAAAGCGCACCAAACGUCAAGUGGUUGUGGAUGAUGAGAACAAUCAGCCCAUGAUUAUUGAGCCACAGGCAGCAAUCACCCUGCACGCCCCCAGGAAAGAGAGCUUCCUGCUGGAUUGCUCCAAAGGGACGGCCCGCUGUUGGACCUUCACCUGUCCACUGCUCAACAUGACAAACUCAGCCCAGAUCUAUGUGCGCUCACGUCUCUGGAAUGGCACUAUGCUGGAGGACUAUAGCAAUGCUCUGAGAGUGGAGGUCAGAGGGCAUGCCUUCUUAAAGCUAAUUACUGAUAAACCAACUAUCAAGAUGGAUCCUCAGAGCACUGAGUUCCGAGUGCAGAUAGACCCCCUAGAGGACGUUGAGACGCAGUACGAGCUUCCUCUGUGGAUCAUCAUCUCAGCUGCAGUGGCCGGGAUUGUCCUACUAGGAAUUAUUAUACUUAUACUAUGGAAGUGCGGCUUCUUCCAACGGGCCAGUCGCAGAGAGAUGUACGAAGCCAAGGCGCAGAAGGCUGAGAUGAAGAUCCAGCCCUCAGAGACAGAGAGACUGACAGAGGACUACUGACCCCUCCUGUGGUGGAGGGCACAUACCAGGGCAUCUGGCUCGGGUUCUUCAAGCGAGCCGUCUACUACCGCAUAAUGCCAAAGCACCGAGGGGUGAAAAUACGCCGGGCCGAACGCUAUCAACUCAAUCUGGGAUAUCAGCCGGAAGAGCCGCACAGGAAGUAUUGGAUCACCAGCUGGACGGAGAUGCAGUGACAUUACUACUGAGGCCCGGGCUUAGAGGACACUCGCGCUAAUGCUAAGCUAUGGGUAUAGAAGCCAUCAAAAGACAUUAUAAUGACGAGUGAUCCACAUAGACUGAAAUGGACCAACUUUGACAUUGAAUUUUUCAGUGCAAUAUACUGAAUCUGUUGUAAAAGAGACUGAAAUUUCUAUUUUUUUAACUAAAUGCAGUGUUGUACAUUUGAACCGCAAAUAGUCCAUUUUGUUAUUUUUUGUUGGAGAUUUGAAUGUGUUUCCAGACAUAAUGGCUGCCUUUUCCUAUAAUCGAGUGAAUAAUUGUACACUGAAAGUUCAUCAUUUUGCGGUUAGUGGUUGUUGGCACUGUGGGACUCUUGAACCAACAAAUGCAGUAGGAAUCUGGCACUGAGAUUUGGGUUUUUUUUUGUUGUGCCACCAUCACAUACAGAGCAAACAUACAGGCACAUGUUUUUAUCUCUUUUUGAAUGAACGGGUUGCUUCAUUUGACCCGUAUCUUAAAGUCAAUUUUUUUGUACUAUUUAUUUGUGACUUGUUUCAACAGAGCCUUAUCCUUAUGCUUUCACACACAGGAAGUCGUGACACUGGAUUGAAUAAUAUUGAACUAAGAUUGUGGUACUUCAGACAGUUGUAAAUGUAAAUAACGGUGCUGUUUUCACAAACGCAUGUGUUGUCUUACAUGUUCCGUCUUGUCGCUUUUAGUUUUUUCUAUGGGAAGGAACGGUGACACUUGGACCGUUUCCAAGGUAACGUGGCCCCCUUUGAGGUCAGCCUAUAGCACUGAAAGUCAUUGAAUAUUUCUGUGGAACAAGUGUUGCAUUUCAGAGUUAUUCCGUUAUGGGACUUACUCCAUUGGUGUAAAAAGGGAAUGUGACUGACCAAUGUAAAGAUGGUGUUUUUUACUGUACACACUCAGCGGAAUUAAACUGUUUGU